CCAACCGUUGUUCCUUAUGAAGACUUUGAUGUCGUUGCUGACAUAAAGGCCAUUCGCAAAGCCUGCAAAGGUUUAGGAACUGAUGAGCAAGCCAUCAUAGACAUCCUUGCCAAUCGAAGUGCAGCUCAGAGACUGGAGAUCAAGCAAGCAUACUUUGACAAAUAUGAUGAUGAACUGGUGGAGGUUUUGAAGAGUGAGCUGACUGGUAAUUUUGAGAAUGCCAUUAUUGCCAUGUUGGAUCCUCCUCACGUGUUUGCAGUUAAAGAGCUCAGGAAGGCCAUGAAGGGCGCUGGCACAGACGAGGAUAUCCUGGUGGAGAUUCUGUGCACUUCUACCAAUGCUGAGAUUGCCACUUACAAAGAAACCUACACCCAUGGUAAGAAUGACUUAACCA